AUGCGUUUUCAGCCUCAGGUUACAGCUCUUGUCUUCGGGACGGUGGUAACAUCUAUCCCUGUGACUCCAAGCGUUGGGUGCAGUAUCAGCCAAUACAUGCAUGUGCCUACAACUAGCGGCUUUAUUACCGGACAUGUGCCAUCAAAUUCGGACUGUGUUGUCGAAUUCUUGGGCAUCCCUUAUGCACAACCACCAGUCGGUCAUUUACGAUUCGAAGCUCCCGUCAAGCUCAACGCCAGUUCAAAGCCUUUCGUAGCUUCAAAGUAUGCGGCAGACUGUCCUCAUCCAAGAAACACAAACCUUUCCGGCUACCCUGGUUUCACUCCACAGGGCCCGAAGUGUGUUGCUGAUUUCUUUGUCGAUGGCGCCACCCCUCAGAGCGAAGAUUGCCUGUAUUUGAAUGUCUGGACCAAAGCAACUAAUGCGGCAGAUGUUUCCAAGCCUGUCUUGGUUUUAUUCUUUGGAGGAGGAUUCAAUUUUGGAGGCACCAACACUCCAUUUUACAACGGCAAGUAUCUUGCAGGCGCGCAGGAUGUUGUUGUUGUUACGGUUAACUACCGCAUUGACGUCUUCGGCUUCCCUGGAGCUCCAGGCCAACCUGCCAACCUUGGUCUUCGCGAUCAGCGAUCUGUUGGGGGUGAGGCAGUUGACUUUUGGGCCUAUGCUUAUGAGCAAGAUCCCAUUGUCAGCGGCAUCAUCGCCCACUCUGGCAACACUUUCAGUUUCCCUUUUAACACUGCCACUACCGUUGAGAAUAACUGGAAUACCAUUGUGGCAGGAGUGAAUUGUACGAAUGAGGAGGAUCAGUUAGCUUGUGUCCGACAAGUUGACUGGCAAAACAUCCUCGCAAUUUCGGAAACGAUUAGACCUCUUCCAAGCGACAACUUUUUGAGGACUAUCUCCCAUUUUGCUCCCUUCCCCGAUGAUGAGGUGGUCUUCUCUGACUAUAUCAACCGGACCACUGCCGGUCGCUUCGCCAAGGUACCUAUCAUGCUUGGAAAUACGGACAACGAAGACGGCUUCUAUCGUCUUGUUCCAUUUGCCCAAACAGGUCUUCUACCAACAUCUCAAGAUGUGACGCAGUUUAUUCUCGAGUCCUUCACGUGCCCAGUAAUCUUUCAAGCUAGCUCUCGUCGCAAACACGGCGUUCCAGCAUGGACCUUUCGAUAUAUGGCCGACUGGGAUAACACUCGUCUAUACAGCUCGAACGGCAGCACAAGCGGCGCUUACCACAUGGUCGAUCUACACAUGAUUUUCGGGGCUUCAGAGGAUGUUACUGGACUUCCAACGACAGCAGACCAAAGGAAUUUGACAAAUAUUAUGCAAAAAGCCUGGGGCUCCUUCGCUAACGAUCCUGUUGACGGCCUUGCCGGACUGGGAUGGCCACAAUUUGAUCAGAGUGAAAACUCGUACAUCUUGCUUGGUAAAAACAAUAUCCCUUCAGCCGAAUUUGUGGCCCCCUUGGAAUGGAGCUCCCCGUGUUCCACUGUUACCUUUGGUAUUUUCGGAACCUCUACGCCAACGCCUUCCGCUUAA